UCCAAGCCUCAGUCAGUUGCGGGAGUUCCGGGAUGUGAUUUUUCUGGCGUGGCGGCGAUAAAGACGGAGCAUUUUUUUGUGCGUGAUGACGAAAGGUGACGAUGGGUGCGUACGUGCAAAAAUGUUUCUUACAGUGUUGAAAAUGGAAGAAGAAAGUGAAUGAUACCAUUUAAAUUACACUGUGCUGAGUGAGUGAAACCACCCAAUCAAAUCGCUGCAAGUGCUGUGUUGGAAGUGUCGUGCGAGAAAAUGAUUGUGUUGCUAUCUAACCGAAAGCAUUCGGCUCGUGCAUUGUUCUGCGCCGCGAAUAAGAUUUUGCAUCAACAGUUCCACCGUGUUCACAAUCGCCAGAAGAAAAUCUAAUUUAAUCGUAUGCCGUUUAUGCUUUUGUUUGUGUGUUGAUAAAACCAUACCGCUCGGUGCCGUGCGAAAGUGCGCGCCAGCAUCGAAACUGAACGAAAGUCGAAACGUCUGAUGAACGAGGCGAAAACUGUCAAACCACCGUUGCUUGACGAAAACGUCAACAUCAUCUACCUUUUUUAACGAAGUUGUGUGGUUGCGUCCGACUAAAAAUGGGCAGUGGGUUCGCGACAGAAGAAAAUGGCGUCUGCCAACUUUUUGGAAGAAGCUCUUAAAUCAGACGUCGACGAAUCCGCGGUGAAUGCGAUUGUCGGUACGCUGGAAAAUCAGUUGGACGCGAACACGGCCCAGGUGCAACAAGUAGACGGUGUCGCUGGCCCAUUAACGGUGGUCGGUGGUCGCGUAGUGAAAAAUCAAUCUAGUGGUAGUGGUGGUGGUGCACGCAUCGAGGCAGGCGUUGUGUCUAAUGGGGGUACGGGCAGCAGCAGUGCUUCACCACAGGCAGUGCCGUCGACUCUACUCGCACAGCAGCAGCAGCAGCAGCAGCAGCAAAAGAAGCACGGCUCUGGUGGCCUCAUUACGAAUGGUGAAAUAGUGUCGAAUAGUAGUGCGAACCACGGUGGUGCUAUCAUUAACAACAAUACGAUUACGACCAAUAAUAACAACCUUGCUGGCAGCAACAAGACGUUCGUGGUGAACGCGGCUGUGAACAGCUCGAUAACGACGGUGAUCGGUGGGAAAGCGGCUGCUGCGACGGUUGGCGCUAGUGCUAUAGUCAGUGGUAGUGGUGGUGGUGGUGGUGGUACGUUAUCGAACAGUGGCCAGCACCAUCAACAGCAACGUAACACCAUCCCAGCAACGGUGGUUGCUACGGGGAGUACGCCGGGCGGAGGCGGCGGAACCGUCAACAUCAUCAGCCAGCAGAUCGUGGUACCUGCGCGUGGUGGCGGUACCGUUGGCCAGCAUCCGCCGCCGCCAUUUAACGUCCCACCGCAGCACAGCUACACGGCCGCUUCCAGCAGCGGCAACAUCGUUCUCAGCAAUAAUCACCUCGUAACGUCGUCGAAUAUGCCAAAGAAUGAACCAGUGAAGUUGGUUUAUCCUGCAGCCGGCGGUACCACCCAGACGGCGGUCCUCAACAUGAACAACAACCGCGUCACGCUGACCCCGUCCUCGCUGCCGAACGGGACGCUCACCAUGUCCCAGCAGCCGCAGCUCAUCCAGACGAACGUGGUGGCCACCGGUGGCGGGACCAAAACGAUCGGCGGCACCACGAUCCAUCAGCAGCAGCAGGGAGCGGGCCAGCCGGGCCAACAGCAGUCCGGCGGUACGCCGCAGACGAUCAUCAUCAAAAAUUCGGCCGGCGGUGGGACGGUCGUGAAUACGGGCACGCCCGGCAUCAUGACGGUUUCGAAACCGAUCAACAAUCAGGCAACACCAAACAUAGUCGGUUUACCCGGUGUACAAAUUGUAAAUGUUAGACCUGGCGCACAACAACCUACACAAGCACAGCAGAAAACUGUUGCCGCUGUAUCACCUAGAGUUGUGAUUGGUAGUCAGCCAAUAGUUAGUACUAGACCACCAAACGCAAGCGCUAUCACAUUAAGUGCCCUUCAAGGACAGCAAGGUUCGACGCUGCUGCUGAAAAAUGAGCAGGGCCAGUUUCAGCUGCUCCGGAUCGGUCCGGCCCCGGCCGGUGCCCAAAUUACGCCCGCCAGUCUUACCGGAUCGUCCGCCAACUCAACGAUACGGUUGCAAACUGUACCAGCUACCCAUUCAUCUGGUGGAUCCGGUGCAAUAAUCGUAAGCUCGCAGUCAAUCACGACCACACCGACCAGCUACAUCUCGACGCAACCGACGCCGGUGGCAUCGGUCGCACCGGUUCCGGCCCUUGCCGCCCAGCAAAAUAUCACCAUCACUCACUCGCCGGCCCAGGUCGGUGGGCAGCCGACGGUGCUCGCGGCCCAGCACCAGCAGCAGCACCAGCAGCAACAGACGACGACGGUCGUCGCCACACCUCAUUCCGUAGGGCAGCAGCAGCAGCAGCAGUCGCAACAGCAGCAGACGGUUGUCGUUACCACCACGCCGGGCACGACACCGGCCCAGCAGCGCAACUCCUUAGAUAAUACCAAAGAAAAGUGUAGCAAAUUUUUGACGAACCUGAUCGAACUGUCGAAGCGGGAACCGGCGAAGGUGGAGCAGAAUGUGCGAACACUGAUACAGGAGCUGGUGGACGCGAACGUCGAUCCGGCGGAGUUUUGCGAGCGGCUCGAGCGUCUGCUGAACGCUAGCCCGCAACCAUGUUUGAUUGGCUUUCUGAAGAAAAGUUUACCACUGCUACGGCAAUCGCUAGUGACUAAAGAAAUAACGAUCGAAGGUAUUAACCCACCGUCGACCGCUGUCGCCUUUGGUACUACCGCCUUAUCCCAAAUUCCUGCCCAAAUACGUCCGGUACAACCGACGAUCGUGUCGCAGAGCAGUAUGGUCGGCCAGACGCAGAUCCGCAUGCUAACCUCGCAGUCCGGCGUGACGACCGUGCCCCGGAUCGGGCAAACGACGAUCCGGCCGGCGGCACCGGUGCGCAUACAGACGCCGCUACAGCAACACCAAACGGGCUCGACGACCAUCGUCGGGCCGGCCCGUUCGCUAGCUGCCCAGCAGAUACGGCCGAACGCGACCACGAUCGGGCAUACGACGAUCGUGCAGACGGCGGGCGGUCAGCCGCUGCCCCAAACCAUCUCCACCACACCUCCUGCAUUGCUACCGAUUCGCGCACCGUCCGGCACCUCGAUCACGCGUACUGGCGCGACGUUACAGAUACGCACCACCACACCGGUGUCGCGCACGGUCACGUCCGUCGGCGGCACGACGGUCACAACGGGCGGGCUCGCGAAACAGCUCGUCCAGUCGCAAGUCAAUCAGAUCCGGGGCCAGACGCCGGUAGCAUCGGUGGCGGCCGUCGCUGCGGCAGCCGCCGCCGCCGCUUCCGGCUCCACUGCCACGCAGGUUAAGCAAGUGACAGCAAUUACCGGCGGUGGGAAUGUGGUGGUCAGUUUGAACCAAGUGCCACCCCCGAUGCAGCCAGUGUCGGGGAACGCGAGCGUCAUUGGCGGCAGCGCGGGCGGGUUGGCGGUUAGCCUCGUGCCGACCAUGCCCGCCCUCACGCUCACCUCCUCGGCGGUAAGCGCCGGGCUGGGUGCGGGAGUCGCGGCGGCGACACCAACACCAAUCUCCGCGACGGUCGUGGUCAACUCGGCGUCGUCCACAGCGCCGGCGGCACCAACGGCGGGAGCUACUUCGAUCGGGACGGCUGCCGCCAGCGCUGCCGGUCCGGCCGGCAGCAACAGUAGCGUCGGGGCACCGCCCGGUACGACCGUAACGACCGUAUCGACUAAUAAAACUGUUACCGCCAAAUCGCAGAACCUGACGUCCGGGGCGUCCAAGAAGAAGGCCAGCUCGGCGGCGGCAGCGAGCGGAGCGGACGCGGACAGUAGUGCGGCCAGCAAGCGGGCCGGCGCGUCGGCCCAGUCACAGUUCUACCACCAUCAUGCGUCGAUGUACGGGGACGACGAUAUCAACGAUGUGGCGGCGAUGGGCGGCGUCAAUCUGGCGGAAGAAACGCAACGCAUCCUCGGCUCGACCGAGUUCGUGGGGACGCAGAUACGGUCGUGCAAGGACGAGGUGUUUCUGCACAUGCCGGCGCUGCAGUCGAGAAUACGGAACAUCAUUGUGCGGCACGGCCUGGAGGAGCCGAACAAUGAGGUGGCCGUGCUGAUAUCGCACGCCUGCCAGGAGCGGUUGAAGAACAUCGUCGAGAAGCUGGCCAUCAUUGCGGAGCAUCGGAUAGAUAUCAUUAAGGUUGAUCCACGGUACGAAAUCACGAAGGAUGUGCGCGGGCAGAUAAAAUUUCUCGAAGAGCUCGACAAAGCCGAACAGAAGCGGCACGAGGAGCAGGAGCGCGAGAUGUUAAUGCGGGCAGCUAAAUCACGCUCCAAAACCGAAGAUCCGGAACAGGCCAAACUGAAGGCGAAGGCGAAAGAAAUGCAACGCGCCGAAAUGGAGGAACUAAGGCAGCGGGACGCCAACCUGACCGCGCUGCAAGCCAUCGGUCCGCGAAAGAAGCCGAAACUGGAGGAAGGUGUAACGGCAUCAACUACGCCCGGAGUGUCUGGAAUCGGUACGUUGAGCGGGAAAACGCCGACCCCGCUGAGGCCGCGCAUCAAGCGAGUCAACCUGCGUGAUAUGCUGUUCUAUCUCGAGCAGGAAAGGGACACGGGGAAAAGUCAGAUGCUUUACAAAGCCUACCUCAAGUGAUCGAUUGUUCGGCUGCUGCUGCUGCUGCUGCUGCUGUUACUGCUGCCGGUGGAGGCUAGAAGAAUGACAACGAUUGUAACAAAACGGCCGUUCCCGGUGUUGUUGGUUUUCCACCAAAGGGAAAUGUCUGCUGCUGCUGCUGCUGCUGCUACUGCUGGAACACCAUCCGGUCAGGGGCGUGUGCGGGGGUUACAUCCAUUCGAGUACACGAAUUAAGUUUGCAUUAGGUAACUUUAUUCGUAACCCUUUUUUUUUUCUGCGCAUACCACAACACUUCCUUGUGUCUGUCCCAUCGAAGGUGUGGGUGGUGUGAGGUGAGAAAGUAUUCGCCCAUCGCUCAUCACCUCCCCCCGUUAUCGCAUCGCUUAGGAGUGGAGCGGGUUAGGAUGCGAACUGAUUUUCUAUGUUAUAAACGAUAGAUUCCUAACCCUCCUUCCGCUUUUUUCUUUCCGAGAGUGUCCGUGAAGUCAACCCUCGUAAUACAGAAGUCAGCACUCUGACGCAAGCAUUGCAGUACGCGUCGGGCGUUAAAGGUCAUACGUAAACCAACAACCCAACAAACAAAAGGUGAAAGUGCAACAAGAAGAAGCAGUUCGAAAGCCCGUAAUGUAGAGAUAAAAACAAAACAGUGGAAAUAAUUUUAGAACGUCUUGAGAACGUUGCAGUACAUUGUCCAGGGAAUUUUGAAAUAGAGCUAAUAUAUGUGGGAAAUGCUAGAGACAGAGACAGAGCGAAUGAGCCGGGGGAUAGGAGGACGGGAGGUUUCGAUUCGAAAGAGUGUGUAUAGGCUAGGAAGGGGACUGUAUCAAAAGAUUAUAUUCUAUUAACCGCAGCAGAAGGAUCGUCAGGAAUGCUGUGUGUUUGCUGCGGCAACUCGCAGCUAGUGGCGAGCCCAGCCAGAACAGCCUCAGGCACUAUGUGUGAAGGGGGGUGUAUGAAUGGGUGUAUGAAUGCGUGCGUGUGUCGUCGGUAUGAUAGCGAGGGCAGUAUCGAGCAGAUCGGGCUUGUGAUAAGAGAGCGCGUGCUAGUGAUCGGGGAGCAAGUGUGUGCGUGAGUGUGUGUGAGUGUGUGUAAAUAGGCAGAGUAAGUCUCCUGGCGCUACCGGUAAAUUAGAACAAGGGAAAUAAAAUUUAACACAGAAAAGUAAUAUGAACCACAUAUUAAAUUGAAGAUAAUGCUUAGUUCAAUGUAACACAGGAUGUACAGUUUUUCAUGUUGUGUACCCAUUUCACAUAGAUUUCGUUGAACGUUUCGUUUCGUUUUUUUAAUCUCUACCCUUUUUUUGUUUAGUUGCACCUCUUUAUUGCCAAAACAAAGGACAAAAAAACGAAGCGAAUUGCAAAUAUGGAGAACGGUCUUUCGCGACACGAAAGUAAGAUAGGGACCGAACAUCCAACGAAAACUCGUCCUCAUGCCACAGGAACGUUUUAACGUGCAAUUGCAAGUACUACGCGUGCAGUGUUUCAAAUCUAGCAAACGUAAAAAGGGGAAAACAGAUUAGCUUAAAACGGCGCGAGAAGGGCGUAGAGAUAAAGUUGCCAAUGGGAGUCAUGCAAAGAAAGUCGACGGGCGGCAACGGCGCACAUUGCUGUAGUUGUAUGUUAUAAGUGACGGUGGGACAGCAGCGCAAUGUGGGGGGGUGGUCCAAAUCCUGUAAAGCGAAUGUGAAAAGCUACGACAAACCUUCUCUGUAGCGGAAAAAUGGCACGAGAAGUUGUUGUUUCCCCGCCGGAGUCGGACCUGUUAUGUGUAGUGUUGUUUUGCUCCCUGUUUUAUCACAGAAAAAAAAAUCAGAAAAACGCGCAUAAAACAAUCUUUGGAAUAGAGUUAAUAUUUAUGUGUUAGUAUUGUUUCACCGCUUCGGUUUUCGGUUAAAUAUAAUUUAAUUGUGAACACGCAUGCAUCAAUUCGGGCGCUGGCAACACGUGUUGUGUUGUUCAUCAGUCCCAGGGUAAGCGCGCGCGACAGAGCGACACGAAGCAUCUAGGAAGUAGACACGGAAAAGCGUUGUGCAUAUCUUUACGUGAAUCGACGAUGACGAUAUAGCCUAGGGGAAAACAGAGAACCACAUCAAGAGUUGUACUGUCGGUUUGAUCUGUUUUUUGUUUUGUUCAUAAAUUCAUUAUUUUUGUUGUAGACUUUAGGGGAAAGACAGAAAUUUAAUUGAAUUAAUGGUGUGGCCGGUGCCGGUUAUACAUUACAUGGCGCACCGAAUGAGAUCGAAGCAUUGUGUGCUGUGCGCACAGGAGACAGGUACGACAGAAUACAAACCGAACCACACGAAAUGGAUGAGAAAUCUACAAAUGCUAAAACAAAAAUCGAGUUUAGGAAGAGAAAAUAAAGUGAAAACAUGAGAAAA